CACGAAGAGGUCAACAAGCAGGAAAGCGAGCACGAGGGCUCCUUCACCCACGAACUUAUUGCCGGUGCUGCUGCCUACCAGGCCGUCAAGGCUUACAACGAGCACUGCGAGAAGGAGGGUCGUCCCGCUGAGCACUCCAUGGCCAAGCAGCUCCUUGCUGGUUUUGCCGCUGGUGCCCUUGACAAGCUCAUCGAGACCAAGGGUCUUGAUUACCUUGACAAGCAGAAGGCCAAGAAGCAUGCUGAGGAGCAGGUUGAGGAAUACUACAACACCGAGGCUUCCAUCCAGAACUAA